AUGAACUACACAGGUUUUGUCCAAGGAUCGGAAACCACUUUGCAGUCGACAUACUCCGACACCAGCGCCCAGCCCACCUGGGAUUAUGGAUAUGGAACUUGGAACUCUGGGACAAAUAGAGGCUACGAGAACUAUGAUUAUGGCUGUGGCUAUGGCCAGGAUGACACCACCAACUAUGGGUAUGGUAUGACCACUUCACACUCUUGGGAAAUGGCUAGCUCUGACACAAAUGCAAACCCUAGUGCUUCGGGUAGCGCCAGUGCCAAUUCUGUUUCAUCCAGAAUUAACCAGCGUUUAGAUAUGAUGCGGCACUUGGAGACAGACACAAUACAAGGAGGUGUGUACAGCUCAGGUGGAGAAAGAUAUGACUUCUAUGAGGCCUGUGACUCAAGGGCCGUCCUGAGUGAACGAGAUCUCUACGGGUCGUGCUAUGACAAUGGCGAACUUGAUCCUAAGAUGGAAAUUGCCUAUGAGGGCCAAUACGAUGCCUUCCGUGACCAGUUUCAAAUGCGUGGAGGAGAUACAUUUGGUCCAAGAGCUCAGGGCUGGGCCCGGGAUGCCUGGAGUGGAGGGUCAAUGGCCUCGGGCUAUGGGCGCAUGUGGGAAGACCCCAUGGGGGCCCGGGGCCAGUGCAUGCCUGGUGCCUCCCGGCUCUUCUCCCAGAGCAUCAUCUCCGAGUAUGGCAUGUUCCAGGGCAUGCGUGGUGGGGGUGCCUUCUCUGAUGGCUCCCGAUUUGGAUUCAGAUUUGGCAAUGGCAUGAAGCAGAUGAGGCGGACCUGGAAGACCUGGACCACAGCUGACUUCAGGACCAAAAAGAAGAGAAAGCAGGGUGGCAGUCUUGAUGAGCCAAACAGCAAAGCUACCAGAACAGACUGCUCAGACAACAGUGACUCAGACAAUGAUGAAGGCACUGAGGGGGAACCCGCAGAGGGUAUUGAAAGUGCUGAGGCUAUGGAGAAAGGCUCCGGAGCAGAAGGCGAGGACGAGGAGGGAAAGGAGGAUGGGAGAGAAGACGGCAAAGAAGAUUCAGAGAAAGGGCCCCUGACUGCCCAGGAUGAGAGCACCCAGGCCAAGAGCAAGUUGCAGGCAAGCAAGAAGAGCCAAGAUAAGCAGAAGAAGCGACAGCGAGAUCGCAUGGUGGAAAAGAUCCAGUUUGUGUGUUCUCUCUGCAAAUACCGCACCUUCUACGAGGAUGAGAUGGGUAGACACCUUGACAGUAAGUUCCACAAGGAACACUUCAAAUAUGUAGGCACCAAGCUUCCCAAGCAGACUGCUGACUUCCUGCAGGAAUAUGUCACCAACAAGACCAAGAAGACCGAGGAGCUGCGAAAAACUGUGGAGGACCUUGAUGGUCUGAUCCAGAAAAUCUACAGAGACCAAGAUCUGACCCAAGAAAUUGCUAUGGAGCAUUUUGUAAAGAAGGUGGAGGCAGCCCAUUGUGCAGCCUGUGACCUCUUCAUCCCCAUGCAGUUUGGGAUCAUCCAAAAGCAUCUCAAGACUAUGGCUCACAACCGGAACCGCAGGCUCAUGAUGGAACAGUCCAAGAAGUCCUCUCUCAUGGUGGCCCGCAGUAUUCUCAACAACAAGCUCAUUAGCAAGAAGUUGGAGCGCUAUCUGAAGGGUGAGAAUCCUUUCACCGACAGCCCAGAGGAGAAGGAGCAAGACGAGGUGGAAGCUGGCGCUCUGAAUGAGGGGACACCAGGAGAAGCGACAGGGCUCGCAGAGGGCUUGCCGGCACAGCUGCCGGUGCCCCUAGAGCCCGCCCCAGAGACUGCGAUACCCCCACCUCCACCGCCUCCAGAGGAGGAGGGCGCAGUACCCCCGCUGGGCGGAUCCCUGGCCUCGAAGUGGGGCGGUGGGGGUGCUCCAUAA